GCAUCAGUCCUACUCCUUCCUUACUUCCUUCUGGGAAGACCCAUCAGCUUUUACUUCACUUCGUUAAACAAGCCUCUCACGUGCGACGGCAGCGGCGCCGUUCUCGAUCGCCUGAGCAAAAGGAGGCCAUGGCUACGAAGCUCGGAGGAGCCGCGGUGGCGCUAGCGGUCGCGGCCGUCGUGCUAGCCCUGAACCGACCGACCAAUCUCCUCCACCCGCCUCCCGUCCCCGGAGCCCGCGACCGCCUCCACGCUUCCAGGGUGGUGCCGGUCGCCGGAGCGUUCGGGCCCGAGAGCCUCGCCUUCGACCCGAGCGGCGGGGGCCCGUACACCGGCGUCGCCGACGGCCGGAUCCUGAAGUGGGAGGGCGACGAGCGCGGGUGGGUCGACUUCGCUUUCACUUCCUCCCAGAGGAAGGAAUGCAUUCGCCCAUUUGCACCGGAGUUGGAGCAUAUUUGUGGAAGGCCUCUAGGCUUACGUUUCGAUAAGAAAACUGGAGAUCUCUACAUUGCAGAUGCGUACUUCGGGCUUAUGGUGGUGGGUCCAGAUGGUGGUUUGGCCACUCUGGUGGCCAAUGAAGCUGAAGGCGAACCCUUCUGGUUCACGAAUGAUCUGGAUAUCGAUGAGAGCGAAGAUGUGAUUUACUUCACAGACUCGAGCACAAAUUUCCACAGAAGACAAUUCAUGAAUUCAUGUCUAAGUGGAGACAAAACUGGCCGGUUGAUGAAAUAUGAUAAGUCGAGCAAGGAACUGAAAGUCCUUUUGCGAGGAAUCGCUUUUGCCAAUGGAGUAGCGUUAAGCAAAGACGGCAUGUUUCUGUUGAUGGCGGAAACUGCUACUUGCCGAAUCUUGAGGUUUUGGCUUAAGGGACCUAACGCAGGAAAGUUUGACAUCUUUGCCGAGUUGCCUGGCUACCCAGACAACAUCAGGAGGAACUCCAGAGGCGAAUUUUGGGUUGGCUUGCACGCAAAGAGAGGACCGGUCGCGAGGUUCCUUCUUUCCAAUUCUCUCAUUGGGAAUUUUGCUCUAAGACUGCCGAUCAGCUUCCAACAGCUGCACUCGCUGUUUGUGGGAGGGAAAGCUGAUGCCACCGCUGUCAAGCUGGGCACGGAGGGAGAAAUUCUGGAAGUAUUGGAAGACAGGGAGGGAAAGACCCUGCAGUUCAUCAGUGAAGUUGAAGAGAGGGAUAAUAAGCUGUGGAUUGCGUCGGUGAUGAGGCCUUUUCUCGGUAUUUACGAUUUGAAUUGAGUUAUGUAUUGUCGAGUUGUAAAGUCAAUCCGUGUCCUGAUCUCAUCCAACUAAAGCGUCUGUCAUGUGCACAAUCUGAUUGUACUCUUUUUUGUUGUCGACAUUGCCAAGAAACAGAGGGUAUUCUCGUUCUUUAGCUUCUCUAUCGAUUUGCACUUGUCUAAGUCGUUUUCCCAUUAUCUGUAAGAGUUCAAUCAGUAGAACUCCUAGUUAUAUUUAAAAUCGUUUUCCCAUUC